AUGUUAGCCUUAACAUCUGCAAUUGAUAAUCCUCACUCGACAUAUCCCCUGAGGCCUGCGCUUGGAGUCCAGUUUGCCCUUAACUUCACCGACCUCAACGUGAGCAUGUCCGAGCGGGAGGAAUUCUUACUUUCGAGGACACAAGGCCCCGCCAUGUCAAGGCCAGUGGCAGAGAGUCCCUCACCCUUCUCAGCCCAAAGGCAGGUGUUUGCUCCUUGGUCGUUGUCCCCAUAUGGUCCUUUUGCCGGCGACUCCAGCGGGCGCAUCUCUCCUGCUCGACCGGAAGCGUUACGCCAGAGGCUCCCUCCCGAAAUUCACGGUCUGGCGCGUGCUCCAACUGCGACGAAUGUAGGCGAAACAUUUAGGCCACUGUCUUUCACCUCUCAAUCGUCUACCUUCGGAUCCGAUUUGGGCUCGUUUCUCCAGCAUGGUCCGCCUCCAAGAUCAAACCCGGACGAUCCGACAAGGGCAUUGCGACGACAAAGCCAGGACAGCUUCGUGCUACAGACAGGCUCUCCGACCAGCCAGGGAUACGCAGAAUAUGACUUGGAGACGCAGAGCAGGCGUGGAUCAGAGAUGGGCAGGACUUCCCGCUACCAUACUCGUAGGCGACCAUUCAACCAGGAUGAGUUUGAUGGCCCAUCCCAACUCCUUCCGCUGCCACUACCUCAACAAGAACAUGCCAGGUCACAGGCACUCCCUGCUCUUCCGGUCCAUCUGAGUAUUGAGGAGCAAGAUGAAAUCAUUGGACGAGUCAACGACAUUCUAUCUAGCUGCGCGUUCCACUUUGUGGCAAAAUAUCAGUUUCCAAUCCCCCUUGAGCGGGAUAAGCCUCGGGUUCGAGCAUCUGAGGACCGAGAGUGGACGGAGUGGGCUUAUCUUCUGAAGAGGCUGGCGACGAAGCGAAGGAUACCAGCUCGGGUCCUUUAUGACAAUCAGAUCAAGCAGUUUGUGACAACCCUGGAAAAUUCAAUUGCAGUGCGACAGACCAGCAGGGAUCAGCAAGUCAGAAGGCCCAGAGAUGAUCGUUACAUGCUGCAACUUGUCAGCGCAGGCACGCAGGUUGCCAAAAUUAUGAUGGACUCCUUGUCUCUGGAACAGCUUGAUGCUCUGUAUAGACAGACUGAAAGUGUGAUUUUCGGACGCAGAAACAGGCUCAGAGGAAUAGAGCUACAAUGA